UUGCCUCAUUUUGCUCCAGCCGCUUUAUUGUCUUGAAAUGUAACUCCUAACUCAUGAAAGGACUCAUAUCUGCCUCCAGUCUCCCUGUUGGGAGCGAUCUGAGCUGAAGUUGCGCGCGGACGGACAGCCGAGCGUGUCUCUCCAGGGGAGCGAAGUGUAAGAUCCCACUCCACUCCACGCAGAUUCUACAGGAGCACGUUUAAGAACUGCUUUUGACACGAUCUGAAGCGCAGAUGAGCGGGAUGACAGACGGAUCUGAGGCUUUUUUCGCUGUUGGAAAAUGACUAUAAGCGUCGGUGAGCUUUCCAUGAUGGUGAGGAGAUGCCCUGUCACUUUCAAACCAUUCAGGAUCUUUGUGGUCGGGGUCGGCUUCUUCAGCCUUUGCUUUCUAAUGACCUCUCUCGGGAGCCAGUUUUCAGCCAAGCGACCAGGAGACUCCCCGUUCACCACACGAGCUGAAGUUCUCAGUGGCCAGGAAUCUCGCGGGGUGCUGAGGAAAAUUAGUGACAUGCUAGAGAUGAUUAUGAAAAGGAUGGAUGCAAUGUCUAAGUUGGGCAACACCACUAACACCCACAGGCUGGAUGAACUCAGCUCGGCCCUGGACAGGUUUCAGCCGAUGGGGCUGGUGGACAGGAUCCAGGCCAUAGCCCAGAACAUGUCCGACAUGGCCGUGCGGGUUGAGCAGAUCCUGCAGCGCAGCAUGGCCAACAGCCGAGGUAAAGAUGGGGUCUUUGGAUCCUGUGAGACUCCCAAGGAUCCCCAUUAUCCAGACUGCACCAGCAAGAUGGAUUGGAUGCGUGCUCGCUGGACCUCGGACCCCUGCUAUGCAUUCUACGGUGUCGACGGCUCUGACUGCUCCUUUCUCAUCUAUCUGAGUGAAGUGGAGUGGUUCUGCCCCCCGCUGCCCUGGAGGAACCAAACUGCUACACCCACUCUGAAGCCUCUUCCCAAAAAGCAGGCUGUUUUCCAGUCCGAUAUUGGGAGUCUGCUGGAGCAGGUUGGAACCGGGAAGGAGUCCCUGAGCUUCAUGAAAAGACGCAUACGCAGGCUGUCAGCGGAGUGGGCCUCUGCUGCCCGCCGACUGGAUGAGAAACUCCGCAGCCACCAGAGAGAACAGAAAAGGAUUCUAGUCCAUGUGGGCUUUCUGACUGAGGAGUCUGGGGACGUUUUCAGUCCCAAGGUGCUGAAAGGAGGUCCCCUGGGUGAGAUGGUGCAAUGGGCUGACAUUCUCACUGCUCUCCAUGUUCUUGGUCACGAUGUCAAGAUCUCGGUUUCUCUUAAGGAAUUGCAUGGCUCCCAGAUCAGCUUCUGGGCUUAUGAGGCGUGUUCAACAGCUGCUGCUUAUGAAGUGCGUCCCGCGUGUCAGAUGCUCAGAAGCUCGCAAGGAAGACUUGAUUGUAACCUGGAGCUCUGGAAGAACUCAUCAUCAGAAAACCUGCCUGCCUGCUCUCAGAAGCCAAACCUGAGAAUCAAACUGUCUGAACCAGCCUGCCUGUUCUCAAGGAGAGAAACUCAAGGACUGGACACCAACAAGUCAGAAGUCAAGCCCUGCCGCUGCCUAGCCCUCUGCCGAUCCUCUGUCUCUGGAUCCUUCUGGUUCCCUCCCUCUGACGCUCAGCUUGAACCACAGAUCAGUGAAUCCUGUGUGACCCGCUCCGUAUCUGUUUCCAGAAUCUGA